AUGACUCCUCAAUCAAGAACAAGCAGCUCCAAUGACCGACGCCUCAAGUCGGCUGCUGCCUUGGCAACCUUUUGGACGCUGUCUGGGAUGCCAUCGACUCAUGGCUUCAGUACGUCUUAUGGCUCUGCCGUGUCCCAGUCAUUGAGUCAUCCUCUAAAUCGAGGUCCUUUAAAGCAUGCAGAUUUUAGACGGAAACAACAAGAGAGUUCUUUGUACGCACUUCCCAACAAACCAUUGUCGUCGUCGUCGCCGCUACAGCAGCAGACAUCCAGUUCCACAGCACUGGAUUCCUCCGUCGCAAUGCCUAUUUCAUCAUCAGUGGCAUCAUUAUCAGACACUCAACAAGAAGACUUUCAAUGGAGCAAACAAAACAUGGCAAUUGCUUUGCCUGCCUUGAUGGGACUUUUGGCGGAUCCAGUAUUGAGUAUGAUUGAUACUGGUUUCGUCGGUCGGGUAGGACCCAUUGAUUUGGCCGCCUUGGGCGUUUGUACGUCCAUCUUCAACAUGGCCUUUACCGUCUUUCGGGCUUCCACAGUCGCCACAACAUCCCUGGUAGGUUCGGCCAAAACCAAGGAAGACAAGCGUCAAAUUGCCAAGAUUUCACUGCAGUUGGGUGGAAUUCUCGGAACUAUUGUCUUGCUGACACUUCGACUGGGAGGACCUGCCAUUCUAGCCACCAUGGGAGUUGCUUCUGAUUCCCCAAUGUUCAAACCGGCCUGUGAUUAUCUGUUUGCCCGGAGUUGGGCUGCCCCAGCUGUCGUUGGAGUUGUCAUUGCGGAAGGUGCCUUUCGCGGAAAUGAUGAUUCUAAGACGCCGUUGGUUGCCAGCAGUAUUGCGGCACUCAUCAAUCUAGUCCUUGAUCCACUCUUAAUGUUCCCAUUCGGCAUGGGCAUGACAGGGGCUGCCAUUGCCACGGCGAUUUCUCAAUUUGGAGCCGCUGGAGUCUUUACUUGGAGAAUGUGGAAGCGGAAGCUAUUACCACAACCCAACGAUAAGGUGACAGUCAAGGCCAAGGAAAUUGUCAAGACGAUUUUGGGCGCCAACUUGGCAAUGCUGACCAAACAGGGAUCCAUGUUGGUAUUCUACACAAUUGCUACUGCUUUGGCAACUCGAAUGGGUCCAGCCCAUGUGGCGACACACCAAGUUGCCCUUAGUCUGUUCUGGUUAGUCACAUACUGGCUAGAUUCUGGUUCCGUUAGCGCGCAAGUUCUUAUGGGCAAGAAUAAUGACGACACCCAACGAGCCACUUCGCUUACCAAGUACAUGGCCAAAUACGCUGUGGUACAAGGUGUUGCCUUUAGCGCACUCGUCGCUGGCAUUGGCAAGUUUGUUCCAGGUGUCUUUACUGCAGAUGCAACUAUCCAGUCCCUACUCUUCCAAUGUCUCCCUUACUUGGCACUCCAACAGACCAUAGUCAGUAUUACACUGAUUUUGGAAGGUCUGGCCGUGGGAGGCAACCAAUUUCGAUACAUGGCCACUGGAACUGCUGCCGCUACCUUUUUUGGAAUCAAGUCACUACUGAAAGCAACAUCAGUAGUGGAUAUUUGGUCCACUGCAGUCAACACCUUCUUUGGUUUGCGAUUGCUGAAUGCCAUCAUUGGGGUGGCCCGAGUCCACAUUGGACUGAGGAGACGAGAUCAAAGUCAAGUGACGGCCAUCAAGACAGCUUGA